AUGGGCAGUGUUCCAUCAAGUUCCCAGGCUGAGAACCAGAGCCCCCAGCCUGGCCCCUCCGGGUACCCCCUGGAGGUGAUGCUGGAUGAAGAAAGACCAGGACCAUCAGGUGAGGCAGCAGAGGGAAGAGGGCAGCCCAGGCGGGCAGCAGCCCAGGCGGGCAGCAGCCCUCUGCCGGAGGGCUCCAGCCGGCGCAGGAAGCGGGAGAGGUCGGCCGCUUUCCAGGAGUCGGAGGCGUGGCAGGGGUCAGAGGAGGCAGCCCCGGGGAAUACGGACACUAGGGUCGUGGACAUGCACUGCGGCCUCAAGAUGAGGCUGAAGCAACGUAGGGUGUCCGCGGUGCUGCCGGAGCACCACGAGGCCUUCAAAAGGCUGCUCGAGGAUCCUGUUGUUAAAAGAUUCCUGGCCUGGGACAAAAAUCUGCGGGUAUCUGACAAGUAUCUCCUGGCCAUGGUGGUAUCUUAUUUCAGCCGAGCUGGCCUCUUCUCCUGGCAGUACCGGCGAAUUCACUUCUUCAUAGCUCUCUACAUUGAGUCCAUGAGAAGUGCCCUUCAGGUUCCUGCCAUCUUUUCAUUCCUCUAUGGGAAGAACCAUUUCCAGCAUCCCUUGUUCCACAAACUGCAACUCCAAUUAAUCAAAUCCAUGGGCUGGAAGACCUGGGUCUCCCAGGAAGAGUGUGAGGAGAUCCAAGCUUUUGACGCAGAGCUCCCUGUGUGGGGGCGAGACCGCAGCCUGCUGUCCUAG